AUGCCACUAGUAAAUAAUAAAGUAGGUGAUGACUGCACAGUUGGCACAGACAAAGCUGUGGUUGAUGGAAAGGCUCAGGUGGAUUCUUUGAUAAAGGUGGUGGCAUGUUACCGGCACUUGGCCUCCUGUGUUGGUGGCUGCACAGACAGCCUGCAGCUGCGGGAUGAGCUGCGACAAACACGAGAAAAGGCCCAAAAGUUGUCCAUAGCCAUCUGUAGUCAUCUGACCUCACAUCUCCGAAACAAAAGCCUGCCUGAGGAGCAGCGUAAGGAGAUGGAGCUCCUCUGGGUGGCCUUCUCCUCCAGCCUAGAGCUCCUCCAUGUUGACAUGUGCAAAGUCUUCAAUAUAGGUGACAUCUUCUCUCUGGCCAACACUGACACCCUCGUGCAAACUGGCCUACAAGAUGGAGGCAGUGAUGUAGCAGCCCGAGCUCUCAGUCUGCCAGAGCUGAACCAAACUCCGAGCCCGGCCCUCCCUGCUGAGCUGGAGAGCCAGGAGCGCUGCACCAUGGAGCAGGAAAUCAGUCAAAUCGACCACAUGAUCGAUGACAUGGAGAUGAAAGUGAACGUGAUGCGCUGGAUGGUAGAGGCCCAAGGGCCCCAGUACGCCGACCCGCUGAGCAGCACCGACAGCGCCUCCCUGGCUCUGGUCUCCGUUGACGAGGAGCAGCCUGGACAGCCUCCUCUAAGCCAGCGCUAUCCAAUCUUUGGGUUCUUAUUCCUGUUUGCUAUUGUUUUGGUGGCAGCCUCUUUAUCUUUCUCUAUUAUCUUUUUCCCAUGAGCAAGACCU